AUGAGCAAAAGAAAAGCAGACGACAUUUCAACAAGUAAAUUAACAUCACCACCAUCAGGUACAACAACGUCUGAGGAGGUCAUUGAACCAGUACCUGUACGAUCAAGAGAAAAGAGGAGAGUUGUCCGUAAAGUUACUACUAACAGCACAACAAACGAUCAAUCAAAUAAUGUCAACAAUACGGAAGUACAACCAUCAACCAUAAUUGUUACAAAUGAGGUGCCAUCUGUGGUUACUGUUGUUAAACCAAUAACCCAGAAGGAGGAAUUUUCCAAGAAGGAGAAGGAAGUAUUGGAUGAAAAUUUUGGUAAACUCAUGUUUACCUUGGGUACCUAUUUUCAUCGUGGUUUCAGUGACUUUAAGUUGUCUGCAAUUAAUGAAUUAUACAAGAAUAGUGGAGAACCUUUUGGUGUUGAAACGUUAAAGAUGAUUCAAUAUAUUGUUCCUGAACUGUUUACAAUUUACUUGAAUCAUAAUCAGGAAAUUUGUGUAAAUAUUAGUAAUGACUUUGAAAAGAUUAAAGCCACUAUUGUUGGUAUGUGGAAGAAGAGAAUUGUAACAGUAGAAAAACCACAAUCUUUGGAACCACAAAUUGAGAUCAGAGCCUUGAAUAUCACAACAACCAAGCCAUUACCAAAAAUUGAAAACUCUACAGAUAAAACACAACAACCAAAGAAAUCUAUUGAAGAAAUGCUCAAAGAAAAUGACAGAAAAGAGCAAGAAGAAUUUGAAAGAGCAAAGAUUCUCUCUAAAAAAUUUGAAAUUGACCGAGUGAUAGAAACUUUACUAAUCAUGUUUACUAUUUUGAAAAUGAAAAAGAAAUUCAGAAUGGACUUGAACACUCUAGUUCAAGAAUUGAAAAAUCGAUAUACUAAGGAAAUCUCUGUUCAAGAAUUGAGAACACAUUUGGAGCUGUUGUGUAAGCAUGUUCCAACAUUAUUCACUUUGAACUCUUUUGGAAAUCUCAAAGUAUUUGAAAUGUCCAAAGAUGCCAAGUUUGAAAAUGCUAAAAAAAGUUUGGAAGAAAAAUGCAAUAUCCAAAGCGUUUUGAGUAGUUAA